CAGUGGGGGAAAGUGGUGGGAUUCUAGUUGAUUUCAUUGGCGUAAGGAUAAGAAGAUAAUAGUCUAUAGUCCACCAGACUCAUAGAGACGGAGUGGUUGCCGAUAAGGCUCUUCGUCGUCUCUCACACUGUCGCGCUUAAUUCUAAAAUACACAAGAAAAAAAAAAAAAAAAAAACAGAAAGAAAAGAAAACCAUUUCUUUAUCUUUCUUUAUUUCUCUAUAUCAGAGAAAGUCGGGGGUUCUUCGCAUGGUCUAUCCCAUGGUGCUCCUCCUGCCUCUGCAGACCUCCAAGUUACACCCUCUGUUAUGCAUCCCAAUCCCAAUCCACACCCGCCUACCUCGCUUCAAGACCCAACCUCGCCGGACCCACUUUCCCAUUUCAUCAAUUCCUCAGAACCCAUAUCAGGCAACCAGCCAAAACCGUCGAGACCCACAAAAACAACGGCAACGGCAACAACAGCCGCCGAGGACUCUCUACCCUGGCGGCUACAAGCGGCCGGAGAUCGAAGUCCCCAGUUUCGUGCUGCAACUGGAACCAAACGACGUCUUGGCGGAUGGUGAUGGUACAUUGGAAUUGAUUGACAAGGCAGUAUCCAAGUGGGUUAGGAUCGUGGUGCUCAAUGGUGCCGAAGCCAGUGGUGGGAAGCUCUACGAAGCAGCUUGUAAGUUGAAGUCGUUGGUUAGGGACCGAGCUUAUUUAUUGGUCUCCGAACGAGUCGAUAUUGCCGCCGCAGCUAAUGCUAGUGGGGUGGUGCUUUCUGAUCAAGGUCUUCCUGCCAUUGUUGCAAGAAACACAAUGAUGGACUCUAAGUCUGAUUCAGUAUUCCUUCCAUUGGUGGCGAGGAAUGUGCAAACAUUGGAUGCUGCUUUGAAUGCUUCAAAUUCUGAAGGUGCUGAUUUUCUCAUAUAUAGUAUUGGGGAAGAGAACCAGGUUGAUGUUGUGCCCAAGUCGGUUUUUCGAAAUGUGAAGAUACCAAUUUUUGCCAUGUUUACUUCGGGUGGAGAGGAUUUGUUACUCAAAGAGGCAUCAGUAUUACUGAAAUCUGGUGCUAGUGGAUUAGUUUCCACUUUGAAAGGUUUUGAGAUGUUUAGUGAUGAUGCUUUGAGCGAAUUGUUUGAUAAUGUAUACACGCCAAAUUUAAGGACUCAGGAUGAGCUUGAUAAUUUGAAUAAUCUUGAAUUCUUGGAUGUGGAUAACAAUGUACGUGAGGGAAGAGCAGUCGCGGGAUUUAUCAAGUUAGAGGAUAGAGAAAAGCAGUUCAUUGACAGGGAGAAAUCGAUAUUGCUUGAAGCAAUAAAAGUUAUUCAGAGAGCUGCUCCACUGAUGGAGGAGGUUUCGCUUCUCACUGAUGCAGUUUCUCAGAUUGAUGAGCCAUUUUUACUGGCUAUAGUGGGUGAAUUUAACUCUGGUAAAUCGACUGUAAUCAAUGCACUACUUGGAAGAAGAUAUCUCAAAGACGGGGUUGUUCCUACGACUAAUGAGAUCACUUUCUUACGCUACUCUAAAUUGAAUUCUGGUGAAGAACAACGCUGUGAAAGACAUCCAGAUGGUCAAUACAUAUGCUACCUUCCUGCUCCUAUUCUUAAGGAUAUGAAUAUUGUUGAUACACCUGGAACAAAUGUGAUUCUCCAGAGGCAGCAGCGUCUUACUGAGGAAUUUGUACCUCGUGCAGAUUUGCUUCUUUUUGUUAUAUCCGCAGAUCGACCUUUAACUGAAAGUGAGGUGUCUUUUCUUCGUUAUACACAGCAGUGGAAAAAGAAAGUUGUUUUUAUCUUAAACAAAUCUGACCUCUAUCAGAAUGCUAGUGAGCUUGAGGAGGCUAUAUUAUUCAUCAAGGAGAACACGCAAAAGAUGCUGAAUACUGAACAUGUAAUUUUGUAUCCUGUUUCUGCAAGAUCUGCUCUUGAAGCAAAACUUUCUUCUUCGCCAGACUAUGGAAACGAUUCUCAUUGGAAAAUCCGUAGCUUUUAUGAAUUUGAAUCAUUCUUGUAUAGCUUUUUAGACGGGUCAACGAGUACAGGAAUGGAAAGGAUGAAGCUUAAACUUGGAACACCUAUUGGAAUUGCAGAAAGAUUACUUUCUUCUUGUGAAACUCUUGUUAGACAAGAUUUGCGAUAUGCCAAACAAGACUUGGCCUCUAUAAAUGAUAUCGUAGAUAGCGUAAAAGAUUAUGCAUUGAAAAUGGAAAGUGAGAGCAUAUCAUGGAGAAGAAAAGCUUUAUCAUUGAUUGAUGCUGCAAAAUCACGCGUUAUGGAUCUCAUAGAAGCUACUCUGCAAUUGUCAAAUCUUGAUGUUGUUACUUCAUACGUUUUCAAAGGGCAAAAAUCUGCCACCAUGCCAGCCACCUCAAGGGUUCAAAAUGACAUAAUUGGUCCUGGUCUAUUAGAUGCACAAAAACUACUUGGAGAAUAUACAACAUGGUUAGAAUCAAGCAAUACUCAUGAAGGAAUGCUCUACAAGGAAUCAUUUGAAAGACGUUGGCCAUUAUUUGUCAAUCAAAACAGACAGUUGCAUAUGGAGUCACUCAAGUCAUUGAAAAAAGCAAAUGAACUAAGCUUGGGAGUGAUACGAGACUUCAAGGGCACUGCUGCGUCCAAAUUAUUUGAUCAAGAAAUACGGGAAGUGUUUCUGGGGACUUUUGGUGGACUUGGAGCUGCUGGUUUUUCUGCUUCACUUUUGACAUCUGUGCUGCCAACUACACUAGAAGAUCUUCUUGCCCUUGGUCUUUGUUCUGCUGGCGGGCUAUUAGCUAUUUCAAACUUUCCAGCUCGUAGGCAAGCCAUGAUAGAUAAGGUUAAACGGACUGCGGAUGCAUUGGCACGUGAACUUGAAGAAGCCAUGCGGAAGGAUCUCUUGGAAGCUGUUGAGAACAUGGAAAACUUCGUAAAACUUGUUGCGGAGCCAUACCAAGAUGCAGCACAGCAUAAACUAGAAAACCUAUUGAGGAUUCAGAAUGAAAUAUCGAAUAUUGAGAAAGAGCUUCAAACACUGCAAUUUGAGAUUCAAAAUCUUCAUGUUUCAUGACACCUGUUUAGGUUUAUUAGCAGGGUGGCUGGUAGAAUGGAAGAAACUGGGGAAGUGUAAUAACUGUAACGCUGUUGUACAUUUCUUUCUCCUUUUAAGAUCAAUAUUUGUUUCGUUUCAUACUAGUAGAUAAACAUUGUUAUUGAUUGGUUUAGUUCAACAUUUAAGAGAUAUACUAAUUAUUAUUAUUAUUUUUCCUA